AUGUCGGCAACCAACUCACAGUCCCUCAUCCGUCGCUGGCUUGUGGAAAAUGUCCAGCUAUACGCCCAACGGGAUCGCGUCCUGGCUGAUAUCGAGGCGGUACUAGCGCGUUUCCAUACGAUUCGUCCAAAGUCGGACGAGCACACAUUUGACGACGGGAGGACUCAGAUCCUGCUGUGCCUGCACGGAUUACUCCCAAUCACGUACCGGCAGGCCUCGUACAAUAUCCAGAUCAGUGUAUGGAUCAAUAGAGAUUAUCCAAGACAUCCCCCAAUCGCCUAUGUCGUGCCCACAAGCGACAUGUUUGUCAAGGCAGGCAAAUUCGUUGACGUGAGUGGCAGAUGCAAUCUCGAAUACAUGCAGCAGUGGGAGCGCAAGAGCGAGGGAUGCAGUAUAUUGGCUUUGUUGGAGGCCAUGCAAGAUCAAUUUUCACGAGAACCGCCAAUGUACGCCAAACCGAAGCAGAAUCCGGCUGGAAUGUCCUCUGUUCCUGCGCAGCCACCUCCGCUCCCAGCUAGUCCUCAGUCCUCCGUUCCGAAUCCUCAUGAUCGUCCUGCUUUACCCCCAAAGCCCGGAUCAUCCAUCGGUCCUUCCUUGGUCAAUCAACCAACGCAGCCGUUACCUUACAGUCCGAAUGUCAAAGCCACUCCAUCGUCAUCAAUUAACUCACUGCCUUCUUCAUCAACUUCUUCACCGCCACCUAUUCCGCCUCGUUCUAACCUGCCACAGUAUCACCACAACCACGCUGGCUACCAGACAAUUCCACCAACAUAUCGUCCGCCUACCACUGUUCCCGAGACUACCAAUGUAAACGUCCCACCUGUCCAUCAGAACCGGGAUGCUUCUCCAUCUUCCGGUUCUGUGUCUCCACCUCCUGUGCCGCCGUUACCUCCUCAGCUUCCCCACCAACCAGUCUACGCUCAAUCGCCACCACAGCCCCCCCUCUCUAUCGCGGUUCAGGCUCCUACGAUCGUUCCUCAUACUUCCAUACCGCCGCCUAAUUUGUUAGAUGAGGAUAACGAUACAGGCCCUUUCACGUCCGCCGGGCCACCUCCGUCCGCUACUCCGACAGGUAUACCACCGCGACCUCCUAACCCUGAACUUCUCCGCCUUCACGCCCAGGUCCACCAGAAGCUUACCUCCGAGCUUGCAUCACUUACCCAAGCCCUUUCUUUAGACGCCGAGCGUCUACGUGCUCAUCAGAGCGACCUGUUGGCGGGUGAGCCUGCCAUCCGGGACGAGAUGGCAAGGCUAGAGGCUGUGAAGGAUGUAUGCCAAAACGUCGCCGGAAGGUUGAGAGACUCUGUCGAACAGGCUGAACGAAACGUAACUGAACUUCGGCGUAAGGAAGAUCCCGAGGUUGACGAGCUAGUGUGUUCCACGACAAUAGUACACAAUCAAUUAAUCAACUUGGUUGCGGAGGAUAACGCUAUCGAAGACACAAUUUAUCACCUCCACCGUGCAUUGAAUGCGGGCAGGAUCGACUUAGACCGUUUCCUUAGAACUACACGAAUACUAGCGGAAGAACAGUUUAUGAAGCGAGCGUUGGUUGAGAAGAUCCAGAACGGUAUUCCUAUGGGACCGCCAACGGGGUCUAGUUGGUAA